GUCAAGUUACAACCCAUUGUUACAAAACCAGAAGGGAAGAACUUAAUUCAAGCGUGUUUGAAUGCUCCUGAUCCUGUGUCUAAUGAACAAUCCAAUGGAGACGCGUCUUAUGGUAAUGCCUCACCACAAGUUGAAGAUAAAAAAUCAAUUUAUGAAGAUAUAAAGGUAAGAUAAAUAAAUAAAUAAAUAAAUACAGAUAAAAUAAUCAAGUUAUUUUAUUUUCCUUCUUUCUUUGAUAUUAUAGACUGAGCAACCUACAUCUAAUCAAUUGGCAUCACAACAACAGGCACAAACACAGCCUACUAAUGCACCUAGUGGUUAUACUGGAGGUAAUGGAUCAAACGGCGGUUAUCAGCCACAACCACCUUAUACUCAACCACAACCAGGAAAUAAUGCCACUAAUGCAUAUAAUGGUCAUCCCGGCUAUAUCAAUGCACAUAAUCAAAAUAGUCCCUAUCAACCAGCGCCUUCACAAAAUGCUUAUGGUCAAAUGCCUCCACCUGCUUUUUAUAGUAACCAACAGCCUCAUUAUAUGCAACAACAACAACAACAGCAACAGCAACAACAACCUCAAGGCUAUUGGCAACAACAGCAACCACAGCAACAGCCUGGCGGUCUUCCUUUACCAAAACAAGACCAAUCACCUAUUAUGGAUAACAAGUCAAAUAUUAAAAAGUAAUGAAUUAAAGAAAGAGAGAGAGAGAAAGAGAGAUAAUAUUAUGUGCGUUGAUUCCCUUUUAUAUCCUUCAUAUUUCUGUUUAUAUAUGUGUGUGUGUGUGUAUGUAUGAAUAUAUAAUACGUAUACAUAUAUAAAUUAAGAAAAAA